CUCACUCGCUGAGCGAAAAACCAAAAAAAAAAUGUCGUUCCGGGCGCUGCAAUCGACGCCGCGCACGCCGCUGGACGCCAGCUCGCGAGCAGACACGCCGAGUCAGAAUGGCUCUGCUUCUGCUUCGACGCCGCACGAGCUCGAUACGCAAGCGAGAUCGACCUCCGCUGCUGCCGCCGUCCACGAAUCGCCUGCAGCCGUUCUGUCGGCAUCGUCUGCCGCUAGCGAGCGUGUUGUUCGCCAUGGUGAAGAGGUGAGUUGCAUGCAGGUUUACAAGGAGGCUCUCGAGCUGCAAGGAGCCAAGUUGCUGCAAGAGUCGGCGGACAAGUACCAAGCACUGCUCGAGAUGGUCACCAGCGUCUUUGCGCGACGGCACAGCUCCACCCAAGCGCAGAUCGUGGCGUCGUUGGUCGAGGCAGGAUCGUUGCCAGCCCAGGCCAGUGCCACCGCGGCUGAAGACGCGACUUCAGAGGAGGCUAUCGCGAACGCGAUCGAGCAGGCUGCAAUCACCAACGGCAACUUGCACAGAACGCUGGUCGCCAUAAGUCGCCAAUUGCAGGAGAACAAUCGACCCAUCGUGAAAAUUCGUCUUCUGGCUCUCAAAAACCAGGCGGCCCUGCGAGACGAGUUGGGCGAGGCUGCACGAGCGCUCGAUUUGUUGCUGCUGGCGACCGACGUCGACCACACGGAUGCGCAGCUCUGGGUUGGGGUUGCGCGCCUCGCUGUCCGGGAACGAAAGUUGUCGCUCGCUCGCUAUGCGUACGAAAAGGCGGUAGAGCUUGAGUCGUCCUCCAACAUGCAAACCUUGGAAGCACUCUGCUCUGUGUUGUUUGCUAUUGACGACCUUUUGUCGUGCUUGAUGCUGCUCGCACAAGGGCUCGAAAUUGAUGCCCAUUGGGCGUUUGGGCAGCAGCUGCUUCGCGUCAUCCACCACCAAAAUGCGACCGUGCUGGAGUGUGUCCCUGGCCUCUUGUUCCCCAUUUGGCAACCGCCAGGCGCCUACUCGACACAGCCGGAUCCUCUCCAAGAAGCUCGCCCUGCACGAGCCUUCAAUUCGGCCGUGCUGUACGGCAGCGCCGCCGUCAACUUUUCCGGUGCUGCUCGCCACAAUCCGACGCUGGGUCUGUUGCGGCAUGCACAUGCUGUUGCGGGACCUGUACGCCAACCCCUGGCGCGAUACGACUUUCGUUCGCUUGUUGUCAUGAGCGAAGACGAUCUCAUGCAGUUUCCGCCAAUGUUGCUCCGAAAGUCUUACCGGGAUGACAUGAGCAUCAAAGACCCCUCGUUGCGCAACGCCAUGCAGGGGCCCCAGCGCAUGUCUACAAUCUCUACCAUGACUCACAGCAUCACACUGCCGACCCCUGGCUGGGACGAGCUGUUGCGGUUUUUGCUCUCGCAUGCAACCAAAAAGAAGGACAGCUCGGCGAGCGCGGUUCGAAGGAUUAUUGUGAAACUUCAAGGCGAUACCCAACCAGCAGAAGGCGUUGUACCCCCUUCUGGUUUGGGUGAAUCUGACUUGAUGAACGCUGCUGCUCUGCUGGCGUCGAGCGAUGGAACCGGGGCGUCCGAGCCGAUGGACAUGUCCAUCGACAACCAGGCCUCUCAAAAGCUCUCCCGAGAAAAGCGCAAAUUGAUUGAAGUGGAAGGUAACCAACCUGCUGCGCCGUUCAGAAGCGAUCGUGGCCCCACAACCACUUCCUCGACUGCCGACGACGCCAGGUCCGCCUCGAGCCCCAUUACUCUCGACGACGACUCUGCGACCGGCGUCUCGACCACAGCCACCACCACCACCACCACCACCACCACCACCACCCUUGCCUCAGGAACACUGGCCAACAGGCGGCGGUCACGCAACAUUCGAACCAAUGACACAGAAGUCGGCGCCGCCUUCGUCAAGCAACGUGCCCCCAUCCAACCAUCGAUAUCCUUCAAGGGCGGAAGCGUCUUUGUGCGCCUUGCAGAGUUGGCGCCCGUCGCCCUCUGGGCCGAGUGGUGUGCUGCCGUUGGGAUUGACGUUGAUCCAAGUCUGCAUGAUAAGAGCUUAAACCAACCACCCUCUCCGACCGCCUCAGGGGCAGUCGAGUCCGCCGCCAGCCCCAUGGACUUGGAGCUCGACGGGGCGUCCCGCCGAGGGCAGUCGUUCAACCCGAAACUGAAAAUCGCCCACCAGAUAGCUGAGCUCCAAUCACGCUUUUUUGCACGCCACGCGAGCCGACUGGCCUCAGGUUCGGAAGAUUGCCCCUUGCAGAGCACAGCAGCUGACAAUCGCGUGACGACCCAAGCCCGGAGAGUGCAGCCCGCUGCAGUCGCCCGACCGAUGGACGCGAUCGAUGCCGACGAACGAAACGCUGUCGAGCAAUUUGUGCAGUCGUUGAAUGCCGGCGAUGUUGCACUCGGUCCUGGCGCGUCCAUUGCAAUCUGGAUGCGAGAGGCCUUGUUCCGAGUAUCCCAGCUCUACGACUCGCAGGAUGCCAGCUGGGCUGCAAUGCACUCGAUGAUUAUUGACUACGUGUUGGCCAUCCGGAAUCUUGGCACAUUGGUGCUGAUGCCGGCGAGUGCUGGCGCCCCGAACAAGCACACUGAAACGUUUGGACGGACGGCGUCGAAAGCAGCGAGGUCUUCCGAUGGGAUGGAGGUUGACGAUUUCCGAACCCGCAACGUGCCCGGAAUGAACCCUUCGGCUGGCUUGGCGGCAGGUGGUGCAGAACCAAACGAUAGCGCUCGUCGCGAGCAGGAAUCUCGCGCAGCAGUGUUGCUAGCGAUUGAAAUUUUGAUUUCAAUGAGAAUUCGCGCCACUGUCCCAUCGACAAGUGCUGUCGAGGCGCUUCUUCCUCAAUUGCUUGCGGAUUGCAAUUUGGCCUUUGCGUUCUUCACGACAGAGCAGCAAGUACGGCUGCUUUACCUUGAUGCUGUUGCUCAUGCGUGCUUUGGCAACCGCCUGCAUGACGCGUUGCUCUGUCUCGAACAUUGCUCCACGCUGCUGGCUCGUUGCAAGACGCGCUCUGUGCCUUUGCGCGUGUCCAACGCCCCACUUGGCUCUCGCAUCGACCCUACCAGUCUCAACCACGUGUACCAGCUGCUUGUCACAUCACGCUCUCUGCACACCUCGCUAUCUGGCAAUCAACCCGCGAAUCUUGUGGUUACCUUGGCUCCGCUAGUCCUCCCGCGAUGGACCUUUGUGGCGUUUGACGAUUCCGGCAACGCCGAUGAAGAUGUUGGUCCGGAACGGCGAGUAUCGGCCCGCAGAUCUGCUGCUGCGGCUGCUGCUGCUGCUGCUGCUGCUGCUGGCACCUCGAGUGCAGCCGCCAUCCCGCCUUCCUUGUCGCUCAGCGAUAUUCCCAAUAUGAGCCCCAUACGUUUGCGAGACCUUCUCUUGGAAGCAAGUCUCCGUGCUCGUGCGCACGGAAUUGUCUAUGCAUGUGCCUCGGUCAGCUUGGGUCAGACGCUGGCUCGAAUGCUGCCACCAAAGGCGUCCGGUUCUGCCACAGCCACUGUCAAUCUUCCAGCCGAUACAAACGGCAGCAAUCCUACUGUCGAGGACGUGCCUAUGCUCUCCAGGCUGACCACGAAAGAGCACCAGGCAGUGUUGUUGCUACUUGAGCACAUUCGCGGCUCUCUGCAGCACGAUUUGCGCCUGCUGCAACAGGACGAACACGCGCAAUCCGAUACCAGUCCUCGCGAACCGGCGUCCUGGCCCGCUGCUCCUUUCCGCUUGCUUGCCGUUCUCUUCUUUCGCCUGCUUGCCAUUGCGGAUGCUGCCCUUGUUGAGUUUCGCAACGGCCUGACCGGCCUGGCGGCCACUCGGCAGCACAAACUGUUGGCCAUCGCCCGUGGAGAGACCGCUGGCCCGGCUGUCAACGCCACUGGCCUGAUGGCGUACUUUCCUGUGGCUGAGCGUCUGGGAAUUGAAGCGUUGGAGUGCUCGCGUCUCGUGCUCCAAAUGCUGCUUCCUCGGCUGUCUGAAGCGACUCGACCUUCCGGAGCUGCCCCUGGCCGCCAGAACAAGCGGUCUCGCAUCGAACCAGUCGCGAGCGAGACUCAACACGAUCCCGGGCACGUGACAGUCUGCUUCCUCUUGGGCCAGCUUGAAGUGCUGGGCGCGUGUGAUACAACGGAUGUGCAAAGUUUGAGCUCUUCGUCCGCAGACCAGUCGCAGACCACAACCCUGGCUGCGCCGAGCGCACACAGCUCGUGGUCGGCGAACAAUGGUCCGUUGGCCAACGAGCUUGCAGCAAUGUUCAACGUGUGGAUUGGUGCGCGUCGCGCGUUCUCCCAUGCCUGCUUGGACACGCUUGCCCAAACGGGCGCCUACGCGAGCGCCGUGCUCGGGCUCAAGGAGUACCAGGAGGCACUGCUUGAAGCCAGCCCGGACCUGCCGGAACAAACUGCGAUGCAACUGUUGAGCACGGCGGAUACCACAGACACCACGGCUGCAUCUCGGGUCCUGUUUCUUUGUCUUCGCGCGUUAUACGGGUUGAUUCUGACCAGCUCUGGGGCUGUGGAUUUGGCAGGACGAGUCGGGGACGACAAAGGCACCUCCAUCGUUGCUGCGUCCACCCUCGGCGCGUCCGCUCCUCAUGCGGUUUCAAACACGCCGGCAUCCAACCUCGCCAACACUGCAUCUUCUUUGGCUUCGGCCCCGGGCAUGUCGGCUGCAGCCGGAGCUGGCAGCACAUCCAGCACCUCGCGCCAAACGCGAGAGCAAGAAUACCUCGCCACGCACAUUGACCAAACCAAUCCGACAAGCUGGUUUCUUGACAUGCAGCCACUGCAUGUUCCGGCAAUCAUCCAUGCCACUGUGCACUUGAGAUCGAGCGCUCCCCUGAGCACCCUCACUCGAGCGGUGCUUGUUGGCCCUGAAGCCCCGAUCGCGUGGAAGGCUCGCGCAAGGCUCGUCUACCCUCCUUCUGUCUGCGCAACCAUGGAAGCUGCUGCCUCCCCAAUCUUGGACGUGAUUGCUCGAGGAAGUGCGCCGACAGAUGAAUUGCAGCCAGCGUCGGCUUUGGAAGUCGGCGUGGCCAACCCUGUGAGUCUCAGAGCUGGCUUUGUCGAGACACCCGAGUUUAUCAAGCUCCUGUGGGAGGCCCUGGAGCUCGCGGCCGAGGCGGAUCUUGAGAAUUGGAAGCGCAUCAAGCGCAACUUGCGUUUCCAUUGCGAAGAUGGCAUCACGCUGCUCGACGACUUUGAAGAGUACGUUGCCGUCACAAUGCGACUUUUGCUCUUUCAACCCAGCAAUCCGGACAUCUGGGCGCGCCUGGGUGUGCGUGCCCUGCUUGAGUUUUACACUGCUCUCGACAACCCUUCGUGGACGGACAUGGUGCGUGUGACGUCGCACUUCCACUGUCGCUUUGCCGAGUUUUUGGUCACCAACAGAUCCGUUUCGCUAUCGGAGCAGUUUGCGGCUGCUCAGCGAGCCAGUGUCACGACUUUCACCGCCAGCCUUGCCGAUUGGACUGAGUGGCUUUCUGCGACGGGCGACAGUGCCCCCUCCGAGAGCAACGACAGCGAAACCACGCCGCUGACGUUGGCAGAACCCGCCACUGGCAAAGACCACAUGCUCUAUCUUUUGUCGUUUCCUGCCUUGCCUCUCAUUGCCAUUCGCAGCUUCGGAAUGGCAACUCUUCUCCAGCCCGAAGUGUCGUAUUGCUGGGCGGACUUGGCGGAAACCCUGUUUAUGGCCUUCACCAAACGCAAAAUUGUCGAACGAGCCACCUCGAUUACCGCGAGUCAGCUCCCAAGGGACGCGCAACGCGCUCUGGAGCUGUACUGGAGCGCUUACGCCAGCUUGACGGAGUCCGUCGACGCCCUCAAGCAAGCCGAACAGCACGUCAGACGCGCCAUCGACCUUCCAGACGACUUGGCUGCUCCGAAGCGUGAGCGUUAUCGAGCAAACCUGUCCCUUCUCUUGGGUCGCAUUCUCGAAAAACAGUGCAUCCAGGCGACGCGACCUGACGCUGGUAUUCCUGUGCACGUCUAUGGGUACGGCAUUGGCCAGAGCAUCGGGGGUGCAGACCUGGACGAAGACACUGCGCCCGAUUGUCCGUGGCAGCUGCGAGUACCCCUGUACAGCUUUGCUGCCGAGUCUGCGGAUGCCGCGGAAGAGUGUGUGCGUUGUUACGAGCAGGUUCGUGCACACCGCAUCAAGAUCAAGUCGAAGGAAAACGAAGGCUCGUACCGACGCGCGGUCGUGCUGAUCAAGCUGUUACUUUGUGCCAAUCCGCCUGUAGAGCUGGUGACGUCCCUGCUGAUUUCCUAUUCAGCCAUUGUUUCUGCGACCGCUGGUGGACGUCCGCUUCCCUACUUGGUGCCCCUGGCCGAGCAGUCGUCACCCAAAGAGUACCCGUGCAUGCCGCCUGGUGACUGUAGCGAGCAUGUCGCGUUCGAAUGGUGUGCUGAAGCCAUUCUUGAGCUCAGCAAGCUCAAGUCGGACAAUGAAAAUUCGUGGUACACGUCUUAUCGUGCCAAGCUACUGCUUUUGUUGUGCGAGCGCUUUAGGCGGCGCAUGGAGCGCUUGUCUGAGCUCCCUUCCAACAAUCGAUCUGCCUCGACCACUCGCGCGCAAAUAGCACAGCUCCGCAACGACGUCCUGAGCAUGGUGGCGUUCAAGUCUCCGCCGAAUGGCCUCCAGCUGACCAAUCGCGAAUCCCAGCACUUGACGGACGUCAAAAAGUGCCUCGUUCGAAUUGCGAAAAUGCGCGAGCGCGCCGCGGGUCACGACGCCUGUUUGUUUGGCCGCUCGGUACGAUCCGAGCUUCUUGCCCUUGGCAUGGCGCUGGACCGCGAUCGCUUGUUUGCAAUGCUGCAUUGGCUGGUCAAGGAUACGCGCGCAGCGGACGGCACCCUGCUCAUCAAGUUCACGUUGACGUCGUCCAACUCUGCGUGGCGAGCAGCAUCCCAUGCGAGCGGCGGAAUUCGCCUCGGACCAGGGGGAGGCGGUAUGGACACGAGUGAGGCGACCGCGACCGCAGAGACCGAUUCUGGUGAAGAGGAGCGCAUGCUCUGGAUGUCGCGCGAUCUCGAAUAUCUGCAGCGUAUGGCCGCGACCAUGUGCGCAGCGCUGUGUUGGCCGGAUGCAGCUACGGUUGCCGUCAAAAGCGGCGGCGCCGCCGCCGGCUCUGCCACCAGUGCCAGCACCUCCAAGGCCGCUGCUGCUGCUUCUGCCGAUGGAGGGGCUGGAAAGGGCGGAGCAAACGCCAAAUCGGCUUCAACCGCCAUGGUGGUUGGCGACGGCGUUUCUCCCGUGACAGAGCAACCGCCAGAGUCUCCAGGCGCUCCAAAGUCAGCCUCACCAAUGCAGACUGAGAGCUCCACUCCGGCCGCCGAACCAGAAGGAGGAGCCUUGUCGCAAAUGCUGGCAUCGCUCGGCGCAUCCAGCGAACGAUUGCUGCUUAGCGAUGCCUUCUGCAACCUCGUCUCCGUUGUCUGCACACUGCAUGUCUGGAAGCAUCUCCUUAGCGAGCACCGCCUCAAUCUCGUUGAGCACAUUCUCGUCAAGCUGCAUCGGCGGGCGUUGGACGCGCUGUCGGAAACCCGCGUCCGCCCGACGUCAAGUCCAGUCCCCCAAUCCGGCGUGCCAACCCAGCUCGAACCUUCGCAGUCGUCGGACAUUGACGCAGCCUUGGCCUGGUUCCGGCAGGUUGGCCUUCGUGCGCUUGCCUGAAAGCAAGUGUUUUUUGUACCAACUGUAUGGUAGAAUGUAUGCAAUACUUUCAAAUAUUCCCCACCCCC